GCCAACGUUGUAGUAUAAGUAAGACUCGGAACUUUGCCAUGCGAGAUUCAUAUAGCCCCGCAUACAUGUAUUUCUCUAAAUCAUCUCCACAAGAAUAGUCUCAAGAGUCUAGUUCGCCCUAAUUCGACAGUUUGAUGGUUCACUUCUGGUUUAAUACCAUUCUUUUCCUAGUCUCCCGUGUUACCUGCAUACGACUCCGCUUUCCCCUCCUAUACUCGGUGCCGACAACGCGCGAGGUUUGGAGCGGCUCGAUCAAUACCCCAAGAAAGUAUCAAACUAAAUGCAACAGGUAUAUCCUAGAAAAGUUGGUUUUUGGGUCGUGGGUCAUGUGGGUAUCGUUACGGGCCUGGUACAGCUCGCCUAUGAACCAGUCGUCUCUCGAGGAUUUCAAAUUGCUAAGCUUCAUAUGUACGAAUGCAGCUCCUGGUAACCGAAGCAUCUCUGCUCCGGGACCCGGGCCUUUGCCCGUUUCCAAACCUUCGUUACGUCAAACCUCCGAAUGUCUAAAUCGUCAUAAGAUCCAAAGUUCCCCGGCAAUUUCUUUACCCCGCAGAGCCAAUACCAAGGUUCUUAAAUAUAAUUUCUGUAUAAGUCGUAGGGACUUUUCGUGAAGGAAAAACUAAGACAACUGUCAUAUAUAUAGUAGAUACCAGGUUUAGGUAAAUUCAACAUGAGCGACGCAUCGGCAGCUGAGACGGGCAUCAGUCCCAACCUCCAGGAUCCGAAAGCCGAUCCGCAGUAUAUUCAGUUCAAGUGCCUCCCGGCAGGCGGCCCUUUGAAUCGGUGGUCUCAUGCGAUCACAAGGGAACAUGACUACCCUGGUGCUCAAGCUAUGUUAUACGGCGCCGGGGUGCCGAACGAAGAGAUGAUGAAGAAUGCUCCUCACGUUGGAAUCGCGACUGUCUGGUGGGAGGGAAAUCCUAUAGUCCUCGAUUUCGGAAAGAUCGUGAAGAGAGCGGUAGAAAAGCAGAAGAUGCUGGGAUGGCAGUACAAUGCCGUAGGAGUAUCAGACGCUAUUACCAUGGGAGGUGAAGGCAUGAGAUUUUCGCUUCAAACUCGUGAUCUCAUUGCAGACAGUAUAGAAACCGUUACCUGCGCGCAACACCACGAUGCCAAUAUCUCAAUUCCCGGCUGUGAUAAGAACAUGCCGGGUGUUGUCAUGGCAGCAGCACGCCACAACCGGCCUUUCAUCAUGAUUUACGGCGGGACAAUUCGAAAGGGUUAUUCGGACCUGCUAGAGCGCGACGUGAAUGUUAGCACUUGUUACGAGGCUUCAGGAGCAUUUGCAUAUGGUCGACUCCAAGCCAAGACGAACCCUGGCGCCGCAGGUCGAACUCCGAGCGACGUGUUGUCAGAUAUUGAACGUCAUGCUUGCCCCGGCGCGGGCGCCUGCGGUGGAAUGUACACUGCCAACACGAUGGCAACGGCUAUAGAAGCUAUGGGUCUUACCCUUCCCGGGUCGUCAUCUUAUCCCGCUUUAUCUCCAGAGAAGGCCCGUGAAUGCGAACGCGCCGCUGAGGUCAUUAAAGUAACUAUGGAGAAGGAUAUUCGUCCUCGUGAUUUGUUGACGAGAGAAUCGUUUGAAAAUGCGCUGGUCAUUACUAUGAUACUUGGCGGCUCUACUAAUGGGGUUUUGCACUUCUUAGCUAUGGCAAACACAGCUGAAGUACCGCUGACUCUGGACGACGUCGAUAGGGUCAGCAACAAGACCCCAUUCCUGGCGGAUCUAGCCCCGAGCGGAAAGUAUUUGAUGGAAGACUUGUACAAGAUUGGCGGCACUCCGUCUGUCUUGAAGAUGCUGAUAGCGGCCGGCCUAAUUAACGGCAAUAUCCCAACAGUGACGGGCCGUACACUUGCGGAGAAUGUCGCCGAUUGGCCCAGCCUACCGCCCGACCAGAAAAUCAUUCGCCCACUUUCGGAUCCUAUCAAAGAGACGGGCCACCUCCGGAUUUUGCGAGGGAACUUCGCCCCGGAAGGCGCCGUUGCCAAGAUUACUGGUAAGGAGGGUUUGAGUUUUACGGGUAAGGCUCGAGUGUUUAAUAAGGAACACGAGCUCGACGAUGCCCUAUCGCGCGGCGAGAUCCCGCGAGAUGAGAACUUGGUCCUCAUUGUCCGUUACGAAGGACCCCGCGGAGGCCCCGGCAUGCCUGAGCAGCUAAAGGCGUCGGCAGCUAUUAUGGGGGCGGGGCUAAAGAACAUCGCCCUCGUUACAGAUGGUAGAUAUAGUGGUGCCAGCCACGGCUUCAUAGUCGGCCACGUCACCCCGGAAGCAGCGAGAGGCGGCCCUAUCGCAUUAGUUAAAGAUGGAGACACGAUUGUCAUCGAUGCUAUCAAGAAUCGGAUUGAUAUAGCCAAUGUGAGCGAAGAAGAACUGAAGGAGAGGAAAAAGACGUGGAAGGCUCCUCCUCCAAGAGCUAGAAGGGGUGUCUUGGCAAAGUACGCCAGACUGGUUGGUGAUGCUAGUCAUGGUGCUGUUACAGACCAAUGGGACCCGGAGGAUUAGGUAUUACUGGCCUCCGUGAAAUCAGGAUAAUUCGGAAAGCAGUUUGUUUAGCCACUCCUGGGACUUUGUACAUAUGUGAAGUACUCAGGUAGUGUGUAUCAAUAUUAGUACACCCUCACGAUUCCAAUGAUUAUCCUGCCGAAGAUAAAAAUGUAUUGGUUGAUGCGAACCUCCUAGAAGAUAUCUUUGUGGCCGCCAUUUUGACGGCAUUUCCGAGAGCGCCGUAUACAGAAAAAUGUACAUACCGUUUCGUCGUUAGACAUGAUGAGGGCUGGAAGAAAGGGAAUGGCUGCUGGUCGUUCGGUUCCUUCACCUGUAUUAUACAACCGUCGAAUAUAAGGUGACAGACUUAUCACACCAUGAGGAUCCAUCAUAGGGAUAGACUGGUAUGGAAAAACGACUAUAGUAUGGUUCGCCAUGACUGCUUAGGUAAAUAGCCAAAGCUUGCUGGCUGGCUAAUUGUUGUACGAGGCUAUUUGAUUAAAUAUGAGGCUGGCCAAUACAUUGGUAAAAGGCGUGCAUCUUAGAGAAUUGGGCAUUUGGCGGGGUUUGCAUGGGAGGUACAUGAUGCAGAC